UUUUCUAUUUUCAAGUAAUGAAAUUUUUCCUCACAUGUUAAUUAUCAUCUAAAGUAAAUUAAUUUAUUAAUUGUGAUGUUAUUUGACUUCUAGUUUUUGUUUUAAUUUGUUCAUCAUAGUGUAAGGAAUCGGUUGACAUCUCAAUUGUUGACAUUUAACUAGCGUAUUAUCGGUUAAUUAUUGGGUUUAAUUUGAAAGAUAAAGAGUAACCAAAAGGUAGCGGCUGCUAUACUUACCUUUCACAAGCAUGGCUACCGAGUCUACCACCUUAGAGGGAUCAGAGAAAACUGGAGAUACAUCACCUGUAACCACCGAUGUACCAACUUUAACAGCUACCAUAACCACCACCCCGACGCCAACAAUAACACCUACUACACAAGGAGCAACAGUAACUGGUGGUGGUGGUGGUGGCGGUGCACCACCUUCAGAGACAACAUCCAAUAUACUCUUUAUCCGUAAUUUGGUUCGACCUUUCACCUUGGUAAGGUUAAAGGAACUUUUAGAGAAAACUGGUAAACUGGUUGAGGAUCAAUUUUGGAUUGAUAAGAUAAAGUCAAAGUGUUAUGCUACGUAUGAAAAGAUAGAGGAUGCAAUACAAACUCGUGAAACACUUCAUGGUAUUUCUUGGCCUGAUGCUAAUCCUAAAAAAUUGAUUAUUGAAUUUGCUACACCGGAAGAGUUAGAGUAUCAUCUCAAUUUGGAUAAAAACCCGCCAUCAUCUUCAUCUGUACCUUUACAACAACAACAACAACAACAAUCUUCAGCUCAACCUUUAUCAUCAUCAUCUUCACGCGCUCGAACUUAUUCAACUAAACAAGAUAAUUUAAAUGAAUUGAAAGAGAGCAGUAAAAAAGAGAUUAUUAAUGAGAAAUUCGAUGCUGUCAUUAGAAGAGGUAAGUUGGAGAAAUUAGAUCAAGGUUCAUCAAAAGAUUUGAAAGAGAGUAAUAAGCAAGAUCGGGCUGAUAAAUCAGAGAGAGAAAAGAGACCUAUUAGAGAAUGGGAUAAAGAGAAAUUUUCUCAUAAUGAUCAACCAGCAGAAGAGAUAAUCUCACCUAAUAAAAAGAAAAGAGCAAAUAGUGCCAGUCCAGAAGCUAAGGGAAGACGAAACAGAGACGCCCAACAACAUAGAGAAAAAAAUCGUAUUCAUAAAGAGUCCGAAGAGGGUGAUGGUAACUUAGCACAUAAGGACGAUAAUGCCGGUGAACAUGAAUCACCGGCUAAACUUCUGGAUGAUCUCUACAAGAAAACCAAAGCAACGCCAUGUAUUUAUUGGUUACCACUAGAUGAGGAUCAAGCCAAAAAACGAGCCGAAUUAAGAGCUGAAAAUUUAAAGAAAAGAGAAGAGGAAAUGGCAGCUAGAGAAGCUACACGUAAAAGUCGAUUAGAGAAGCAACAAAGGCAAAGACGAAGGACUCCACCUCCGUACGAGCGCAGGCAGGAAAGAAGUCCAGUUGCAUACAAGGGAAGAGAACCUGCUUUCAAUCGUCGAGCUGGUCCUGGUCGGGGAUCUUAUUCAGGUAGAAGAAGUCAACCCUCUCGGCUUCGUGAUAGAAGGAGUCGAAGUCGUUCAUCGUCUGUAUCUAGAUCACGUUCACGUAGCCGAUCCUACUCAAGAUCCAGAACGCGAAGCUCAUCCAGAUCAAGAUCUCGUUCUGUUGCUCGUAAACGUAGUCGCUCACGAGUCUCUAGAAGUCCUAGAAGAAACGGAGCCAACUAUGUAAGAAGAAGCAGCAGAUCAAGAAGUCGAAGUCCUCCCCCUAAACGCAUGGUCUCUCCACGUCGAAGAUAAAUCUAUAAGAAAAACGAAAUUUCUGCUCCUUCUCUUCGCUUCAUCUCUUUUUUCGUCUCACUCUCUCCUCGAUGUCUCUUUCCGUCAAUUCAGUUCCCGCGUCUGCUUUAUUUCUUCUCUCUCUCUCUCUCUCUCUCUCUCUCUCUCUCUCUCUCUUACUCUCUCUCUCUAUUUCUCUCU